CGCGACGAUAGACAAAGGCCUGAGGAUCAAGUCCUAAUGCGGGCCUUGCGUGACUUUAAUAUUCCUAAAAUUGUUACGGAUGAUGUACCAGUGUUCAUGGGUCUAAUUGGAGAUCUGUUUCCUGCACUCGAUGUACCGCGGAAACGUAAUCCGGAAUUCGAAGCAGUUAUAAAACGGUCCGCUCUAGACUUAAAGCUGCAGCCAGAGGACGGAUUUAUUUUAAAAAUUGUUCAACUUGAAGAACUUUUUGCCGUACGUCAUUCUGUGUUUAUAAUCGGAUUCGCUGGAACAGGAAAAUCAGAAGUGUGGAAGACACUUAACAAGACAUACCAAAACCAGAAAAGAAAACCGCACUACAACGACCUUAACCCAAAAGCGGUUACUAAUGAUGAGCUCUUUGGUAUCGUCAAUCCAUCAACGCGUGAAUGGAAAGAUGGCCUUUUUUCUAUUCUAAUGAGAGACCAAGCGAACCUAGGUGGAACAGGCCCAAAAUGGAUUGUUCUUGACGGCGACAUUGAUCCUAUGUGGAUUGAGAGCCUAAAUACGGUGAUGGAUGAUAAUAAAGUUCUUACUCUGGCAAGCAACGAGCGCAUUGCUCUCACCAAGGAAAUGCGCUUGCUUUUUGAAAUCGCAUCUCUGCGCACGGCUACACCUGCUACUGUAUCAAGGGCAGGCAUACUAUAUAUAAAUCCACAGGAUCUGGGAUGGACCCCAUUCAUACAGUCAUGGCUUGGAACCCGCACAAAUUCUAGCGAAGUUUCAAUGCUCAACGUUCUCUUUGAUAAGUAUGUGCCGCCUCUCUUAGACAUAUUUCGAACCCGGCUUAGGUCGAUAACUCCCAUAUCGGAUAUAGCACGUUUGCAAAUGACUUGCUACUUGCUAGAUAGCAUGUUAACUCCCCAGAACGUACCGAAUGAUUGCCCAAAAGACUGGUAUGAGAUUUACUUUGUAUUCUGCAUCGUAUGGGGCUUCGGCUCAUCGCUAUUUCAGGAUCAAAUUAUAGACUGGCGUAAUGAAUUCAGCAAAUGGUUCCUAAACGAAUAUAAAGCUGUAAAGUUCCCUGUAUCAGGGACAAUAUUCUCAUUUUACAUAGACCAUGAGACAAAGAAAUUUUUCCCAUGGACAAAUCUUGUACCACAAUUUGAGUUGGAUAUGGAUUUACCUUUACAGUCAAAUUUAGUGAACACGGCUGAGACCACUCGUUUGCGAUUUUUUAUGGAUACUCUUAUAGAAGCCGAUCAUCCACUAAUGUUGAUCGGACCCUCAGGAUCGGGUAAGACCAUCCUAAUGAACGCAAAGCUAAGUGCCUUACCUUCUGAUAAGUACUCUGUUACAAAUGUUCCUUUCAAUUUCUAUACCACUUCCGAGAUGUUGCAGCGUAUUCUUGAAAAGCCUCUGGAAAAAAAAGCAGGUAGGAACUACGGACCCAUUGGAAACAAACGAAUGAUAUACUUUGUGGAUGAUAUGAACAUGCCGGAGGUAGACAAAUAUUUUACAGUUCAGCCCCAUACGUUGAUUAGGCAAUUUAUGGACUAUCACCACUGGUACGACCGGCAAAAAAUGACAUUACGUGACAUACAUAAAUGUAAUAUUGUAGCGUGUAUGAACCCAUCAGCUGGGUCUUUUACCAUCGAUCCUCGUCUUCAGCGGCACUUUUGCUCAUUUGCAGUAAAGUAA